AUGAGAAGUGUUUUUCAAUCCCCUCGCCCUGUGUCCACUAGGGACUCUAUUCAUCGCUCCGCUUCUUCGUCAUCCACUCUCACUGAGGUGAUCACUGAUGAACUCUUCCCGAAGUUUUCUACAGUGGAUGAAGACUGGCAGGACUUUGGAUAUCUGCUAGAUGAUGAAAAAGACCCUCCUAUACAAAUAGAUGCCUCUCGCGGGCAUUCUGCGACGAAAACAGCUGAGAUCAAUCGGCCCCGUCCCGUAGCAAUCAAUCCAGCUGAAAUCAGCCUUGGCGGAGAUGUAGUGGAUAAUUGGAUCAAGGAAGAGAAACCUACAUACAUCAAGGAGGAAGCCAAAGAUGAAGUGUUGAAUGAAGUCAAAAAAGAGGUGCAGGAAGAAACUCUAGAGUCUAAUACAGUCGCGGAUUGGGAACCAUCACGUAGGGGACCCGCACUUCCUUCACCUCCAAAGCACAAAAGAAGGCAUGAAUUGGAAGAUACGUCGUCGUCUGGUUCGGAAGUUCGACGAAGAGGACGUCCACCCAAGCGCUAUCACAAGGAGCAUAUGAGCACGCGUUCGACCGAAGACUAUUCCUUUGACAAAUCACCACCUCAGGGACUGGAUCCUAAUCUCUUGCACUGUAUCUGCCGAACAACAUACAAUCCCAGAAGGUUUUAUCUACCAUGCGAAAUGUGCUUCCGUUGGUUUCACGGAAGAUGCGUUGGCGUGAAAGAAGAUACCUAUAAAGAAAUGGAU